UUUAGAGGUUAUAAUCUAUUAAUCUUGAAAUAAAAUACGUUUAUUUAGUUGCUAAGAUUAAGAAUAUGUUCCGAAAAGUAGCAAUAGGAAUGUCUGGUGGCGUAGACAGUGCAGUGGCUGCAUUACUCCUUAAACGAGCAGGUUUUCAAAUCCAAGGAGUGUUUAUGCGUAACUGGGACAACAAUUACGAAGCUGGAUUUUGCUCAGAUGAAAGAGAUUUUGAAGAUGCGACCUUUGUAUGUCGUAAGCUAGAAAUUCCGUUGCAUAGAGUGUAUUUCAUUAAGGAGUAUUGGAAUGAAGUGUUCACAGUGUUGCUAAAGGAGUAUGAGACGGGACUGACCCCUAAUCCUGAUAUUCUAUGCAACAGAUAUAUUAAAUUUGAUAGCUUUUUUGAACAUUGCAGGAAAAAUUUAGGUGUCGAUGCUAUUGCCACUGGUCACUAUGCGAAUACAUCUUUUGGACCAUUCUUAGAAAAAUAUAAUGAAAAUGAAGGUGUCAGAUUAUUACAACCAGCAGACAAAUUUAAGGAUCAAACCUUUUUUUUGUCACAAGUGAAGCAGUUUUCUUUACGGAAAUGUAUGUUCCCAUUGGCCCCUUUACUAAAGACCGAAGUAAGGAAAAUAGCCAAAGCAGAGGGACUACUGAAUGUGGCCAAUAAGAAAGAUAGUACAGGAAUUUGCUUCAUUGGCAAAAGGAGAUUUCAGGAUUUCAUCGAAGAAUACAUUCAGAAAAGAGAAGGCCUGUUCAUAGACAUAGACACAGGACAAACUGUAGGAGAGCAUGGCGGUCUUCACAAAUGGACUGUCGGACAGAGAUGCUGCCUUGCCAAUUGGAAAGAUGCCUAUUUCAUAUUUAAAAAGGAUUUAAAAACAAAUAACAUCUAUGUUGUCCCAGGAACUAAGCACCCAGCACUUUGGAAUCAUUUAUGCAUAACUGGAUUACCACAUUGGAUACAUAAAGAGCCUACAGAAUUAUCAGAUGUUCUGAAAUGUAAUUUUAGGUUUCAGCAUACUAAACCCUUGGUUAGCUGUAGAGUUGUGAAGAACUCAGAAGGAUUGACGAUUUUACUAGACAACAAGUUACGUGCACUUACGGAGGGUCAAUUUGGCGUUCUCUACAAAGAUGGUGAAUGUCUUGGUAGUGCAAAAAUUAAAGAUAUUUGCCACAAUUUAAUUUAUUGAUAAUGAUUUCUAAGUUAUUAAAUGUUUGUUUGUUA